AUGAAGAUCCUUUUCAUUGUCGUCGGCCUCGUCCUAGCAGUUUCUGCUGAGGAACCCAUCACUAUAAACUAUCACGAAGACGUCGGUAUCGUCGAGGCUAGACGUAUCAAGCUGGCUGAGAAUGCCUUAGAUUUUGAUGGCUCCAGGGUCGUAGGCGGUCAAGUUUCUAGUCUUGGCCAAUUUCCUCAUUUGGCCGGUUUGGUUAUUGCUUUGACUGACGGCAGACAGUCAGUCUGUGGAUCUUCUCUUCUCUCCAACAGCAAAUUGGUAACCGCUGCUCAUUGCUGGAGAGAUGUUCGCAACCAAGCUCGUACAUUCACCGUCGUUCUUGGUUCAAUCAGAUUAUUUAGUGGAGGCGUUCGCAUUAACACCAAUAAUGUCGAGGUGCACGGAAGCUAUAAUCCUACGAACCUGAACAACGACCUUGCCAUCAUUACUAUCCCUCAUGUUGGUUUUAGUAAUGUUAUCAAUCGCGUCACCCUGGUCUCUGGAUCUAAUGAUUUCGUCGGCAUAAUGGCCACCGCUGCCGGAUUUGGCAGAACCGGUGACGCUGCGAGUGUUACACAGAACCAACAAUUGAGACACAUCAACGUGCAAGUGGUGACUAACGCAUUCUGCGCCACCGUAUACGGUAACAACGUCGUCAUCAGCUCCACCUUGUGCACAGCCGGUGGUCGACAGAACAUUUGCAGCGGUGACUCAGGUGGUCCUCUGACUAUUGGCAGCAGUGGCAACAGUCAGCUGAUCGGUGUCGUGUCCUUUGGAUCGCGUUCUGGUUGCCAACGUGGCCAUCCUGGCGGUUAUGCAAGAGUUUCUUCAUUCGCGUCUUGGAUCAGAGCACGCAUAUAA